AGCACGAUGUCAGACACAUCACUCGAACAUUUAUUCAACGCGGCCAAACUAUCUGUUUCAACACCGGAAAAUCCUCCAGAUGCUGAUGGAAGGCCUCCCGCCGCUUUGGUGACCUUUCUUACCUUCUUACAAGUGGCUCUGGAGGCAUCUUAUAUAUCACCUGCCCCUGAUCCACUACCAGCUGGUUCAGAACAUUCCUCUACACAGUUACUUGGGCCACCACCUCCUGGUCGCCCAGGAGCAAAACCUCGCCCUGGGAGUUCUCUUAAGCCUCGUCCACCCCCUCUUCAACCCCCACAAACACCUAAUCCUACCCCCCAGAGCGCGGAAUCAGACAAGCAAUAUGCAAUAGCUGAAGGCAUUCAGCUAAAUGCGUUCAUAUGGGGGGAAUCCAUGAACAAAGAAACGAGGAAAGACGAAUUUGCCUUGGUCUGGGAUGAGAGCACAAGAGAGUGGGUUGCUGUCUACAGAAUGGAUACGACCAUAGACAAACCUCUAGUAAUAACACCGGCAAGGCGCCCGAUAUUUGAUCUAAUCCAGGGGGAGAGCGACUCUCUAGCUCCGGCUCAUCAAACUAGCCGAGCGCCCACUCCGUUCGAAUCCGAUUCGUGGGGGUUGGAAGAGAUCAAUCUUUUAGAUGGCCUUUCAAGUGGGACCACAUUCCCGAGAGCAGAGGGCACUAGUCCUUUGCCAUCAUCACCCACUACUGCGAGAACAUCGAGGCCGAUAUUACGAAAAGCUUUCCGCAAAACACUUAGCACUUGUAAUGGAUUUCAUGUUCGCAUGAGGACCAUCUAUGUGCCCUAUGUGCUUAUCCCAGGGGUAGGAGAUGAUGAGGAGGAACGAAGGGAAGCGGGCAGUGAAGAGCGAAGUGUUGUGCUUUGUGUCGAAAUCGAGAACACUGGAGAAUCUUUGAAGGACUUCGAAGUGAGCGCUGUGAAGGUGGCAGUCAGUGGUGAAGGAGCUUCUUCACGCUUGAUCAGCUGGGGAGAAAGCCAAGCCAAAAUGGAUCCAGAAAGUGUCUUCCCACUGCGACUUCGGCCGAUAGAACAGUACAACUUGCUCUAUUCGGUCACUUUUUUGCAUCCUACGAAUGUCGAAGAUCAGGUUAUAUCCCGUAAAAUGGGACAAGCACCACAAAUGCUGCCGCCUUCGAGCGACCUGCAACGAUCCGUAUCUAUUGUGAUUAGUGGACGACCGUGCGAAGUGCUAGAUGGGGAAGUUAAGUAUGUAAUCGACACCUUCAAUUCCAAAUGGAAUUGCGUACUUAACUUGUCACCUCACCAACAACCGGAUAUGGGCGACUAUCAACUCAAUGAACCCCUUUCCGUUGGUGAUGCCCUACCAACACCAGCCUCCCCCUUUCCAGUAUCAACGCCGCGUAUACAGACCGAAUUUGAACGUAAUCAUCCUAUCUCAACCUCGAGGUCGCCUACAAUUGGAGGAAGUAAGCGACAUACAGUAACGGGUCUCAGUGGCCGUAGAAAUACCAUUCCAUCACCCAUCAAGGUUCGGUUUUCUCUUCCCGUAGGAAUUACAGCAACUUCGACCCCUUCCACCUCUGGUAUGAAGCCAGGUAUUCCUGCACCUCCCCUGUCAUCGGUACCGAGCACUCCAAGCACGGCUAAUCCGUACUUGAAUAUCCCCGCAACUCCUGCAUAUCCCGCUUGGUCUCCAGAUGCUCAAAGUGUCCCACCAACCCCUUACCAAUCAGCUCCAUUCAUAGGACAAAUAGGAAAUGCAGUAGGGAAGCUGGUGGAGCCUCAUCGCGAUCGACGGAUGGGACUAAAUGGUGCCUUAUUACCAUCUACUCCUGGCCCAGCCGCGUUUAUUCCUACGAUAUCCGAGCGAAUCACGAAUCUGGAACCUUACUCGGAACCUGUAGUUGUUUCUGUCGCUCUUUUGAGUCCAAUACAAGCUACUGGGUCUCUAGAGGUUCAAAAACGAACACAGAAACGAGAUUGGAUUUAUCCUUUGGAUAUAUUUGCUCUGGAAAUAUUCGUUUUCAACCAAAGCCCCGUUACCAGGCGCUUUGAAGUCUCUUUACCAGACAGAAAAAGGCAUAGAAAACAGCUCUUGGAAGACAAACGGCGCAGCGCUAUGCAAGAGCAAGCACCAUCGAAUUUUUGCCUGCUUUCGGUGUUCAUUGCUCUGAUGGCCUUUAGACCACUGCGUCCGGAGACUUGCCAGUCCGUUCGCAUGCAAUUCAUCGCUCUUAGACCUGGCUUGCAUUCUGUGGACACUUUAACUAUUACAGACACAGAAGCCGAGUUUUCCCUUAACUUAAGGUAUAGUCUGGCCUCCACGCGACCCUACCUCA